CGGUGAGAUUCUCGAAGAUUGGAGCUGAAUGGUCUAGGGACACGAGAAACGAGACCACUGAAGAGGCCAGAUUGAUUUGUCGUGAAACCUCACGAUCCCUUAUUUCGUAGUUUAGCUUCGUGCGCAGGUCUUGCAAGACCUUGACUUUUUCUUCUUCUUCUUCUUCUCUGUGCGCAUUUUGGGACUGUUGGUCCUUCAUUGUUAUCCAAUCCCUUGUGGGUUUUUCUAUCACCAUUGGCAUCGACCCAAUUGACCCGUGUCUUUUUUCCCUGGAUUACCUUACGCCACAACUUUACCCACCCACCUUUCGACUUCGACACGCUCCUUUCUGCAGCUAUUUCUCCGGCAUACUGCAGCUGCAAAUUUUCAAAUACUGAUUGCGCACACCGAAGCGCCAACUACUCUUGCGCCAAAUCUGUCAGAUAUAAAGAGCGGGCGUGAAAAGCAGUUUCCGGAAUGGCCGCGGAUAACGCGGCGGUCCACGCCUCUGGCGCUGACCAGGGCGAGUUGAGGCGGCGCAAUGUCCCUAGCACCGAGCCGAUCGCGGGGACAGUCGAGAGGGUCGAGCCCGACGACAAGAAGAAGCAGGUCAUCAAGCAUGAAGCAUCUUUCUUGCAGGUUCUCGACGAGUGGGAAUUCCUCAUUGCGCCCAUCAUCUUCACGGCCCUCGCAUUUUUUACGCGACUCUACCAGAUUGGCAAGUCCGACAUCGUGACUUGGGACGAGGCCCACUUUGGCAAGUUCGGAUCACACUACAUAUCCAGGACGUACUACUUCGAUGUGCACCCGCCGCUGGGAAAGAUGCUGGUUGGCCUCUCGGGCUACAUGGCAGGGUACAAUGGCUCCUUUGAAUUCAAGUCGGGAGAGAAAUACCCUGACUGGGUCAACUAUACUUUCAUGCGCCAGUUCAACGCCUUCUUCGGUGCCAUUAUUGUCCCGUUUGCCUACCUGACCGCCAAGGAGCUCAAAUUCAAGCGCCCAGCUGUGUGGCUGGUGACCUUGAUGGUUCUUUGCGAGAACAGCUACACCACCAUCUCAAGGUUUAUCCUCCUCGAUUCGAUGUUACUCUGCGGUACCGUUACCACCGUGUUCUGCUGGGCCAAGUUCCAUCGUCUCCAGAACAAGAGCUUUGAGCCUGAGUGGUUCUUCUGGCUUUUCAUGACUGGUCUUAGCAUUGGCUGCGUCACAAGCGUCAAGCUGGUUGGUCUCUUCGUCACUGCCCUCGUCGGUCUCUACACUAUCGAGGAUCUGUGGCAUAAGUUUGGAAACCUCAAGAUGCCGCCGCUGGAGCUUGGCGCACACGUUGCUGCUAGGGUAGUCGGACUCAUCGUUCUUCCCUUCCUGGUCUACAUGCUGAGCUUUGCUGUCCACUUUGCCGUUCUCACCAAGACGGGUCCCGGAGAUGCCCAGAUGAGCUCCCUCUUCCAGGCCAACUUGCAGGGAACAGAGGUUGGCAAGGACAGCCCCCUGGAGCUUGCCUAUGGCAGCCGCGUCACCAUCAAGAACAUGGGUUAUGGCGGUGGUCUCCUUCACAGUCACGUUCAGACAUACCCCGAGGGCUCAACCCAACAGCAGGUCACUUGCUACCACCACAAGGACUCCAACAACGAUUGGUUCUUUUACCCUAACCGUAACGACCGCGAGUACAAGGAGGAGGAGGAACCCCGCUUCAUUGCCGACGGUGAGGUUUUACGCCUGAUCCACGUUCAGACUGGCCGCAACCUUCACUCGCACGACAUUGCCGCGCCCAUGACCAAGUCGGACAAGGAGGUCUCCUGUUAUGGCAACCUGACAGUCGGUGACGACAAGGAUCACUGGAAGGUCGAAGUUGUCCGCGAUGUUGCUUCACGUGACCGCAGCAGAGUCAGGACUCUCACUACUGCUUUCAGACUGAAGCAUGCUUCUCUGGGCUGCUACCUGCGUGCUGGCAAUGUCAACCUCCCUCAGUGGGGUUUCAAGCAGAUCGAGGUGGCCUGUACCCCCAAGAACAACCCUCGCGAUACUUACACCUGGUGGAACGUCGAGGCACACUGGAACGACAAGCUGCCCAAGGGAAACCCCGGUGUUUACAGGUCGCCGUUUAUCCAUGACUUCAUCCACCUCAACGUUGCCAUGAUGACGUCCAACAACGCUCUUGUCCCUGACCCUGACAAGCAGGACGAUCUUGCCUCGCAAUGGUGGCAGUGGCCUAUCCUCCAUGUCGGUCUGCGCAUGUGUGGAUGGGACGACAACAUCGUCAAGUACUUCCUCUUGGGCAACCCCUUCGUUUACUGGGGUACCACUGCCGGUGUGGGAGUCAUUGGCCUGGUUGUUGUCUGGUACCUGCUCCGCUGGCAGCGUGGAUUCCAGGAUCUCUCGAUGCCCGAAGUUGACCAGAUACACUACUCGGGUGUCUAUCCCGUCAUUGGAUGGUUCUUGCACUACCUGCCUUUCGUCGUCAUGGCGCGUGUGACCUACGUGCACCACUACUACCCGGCGCUCUACUUUGCCAUCCUGACGUUCGGCUUCCUCGUCGACUGGUUUACUCGCGACAUGCACAAGUCUAUCCAGUACGGCAUCUACACUGCGCUCUACACGAUCAUCAUCGGUCUUUACAUUCUGUUCAUGCCGAUCUGUUGGGGUAUGGUUGGGUCAAACAAGACCUACAGCUACCUCAAAUGGUUCGACACAUGGAGAAUGUCUGAUUAACCGGGAUCAGGUCUGAGCGGCGAAUUAAGAUUGAUUUGACCUAUUCAUGAGCUCUCGGAUAACAUUGUGCUUCCAGAAGACACGCCGAAUCGACUCACUGUCACAUCCCAUGGCGCCGGCCAUCCCUUAUCCGGGAAUUAAUGCCGUUUUACUUGUUUUUUUUGUAAGCUAGAAGCUAGAAAGGACAGACAGGGCGGGGUGUGGGGAACAGCACGACCAGAUGUAUGGGACGUGAGGCGUUCAGGUUCGAGAAGGCGGGUGGGUUGGGCACGGACACAUCUCCUACCAUAUGAACAAAAGCUGGCGAGGGCGUAGCUACCGUGAAAGUGGCAAAAAUAUAUUCUGCUACAGAUUAAUACAAAGCCCCGGAUUUUCAUUUGUUGACUUGAGGCUCAUGUCUUGAUUUCUUUCGAGUGUUAUGGAUCCCAGUUUCUGCGCUCAUGAUCUCAUUAUAAAUUAACGUAUUUUUAGAUAUACAUGCUUUGAGCCAGC